AUGACCCAGAGUGGGACCGUGGAGAACAAUGAGGCGGCUUUUCUCCUGACGCGUCCCCGGGGGCGGAAUAAGACUGGAAGUUUCUGGGGAAGACGCCUCCGCUCGGGCCUCGGCUCGCGGACGCACCGUAGCCGCAGUGUGGUGGAAAGACGCCGGCGCUGCGCGGGCCUCCGGCGGCGGCGGCGGCAGCUGUGCUGGGGGGGGAAGUGAUGCUUCGCUGACUUUGUGUGAAAACAAAAACAAAUGAGUCCGGUGGCGUCCUGCGCGCGGCGGCAGCGGCGGCGGCGGCGGGGGCCACCGUGAAGUCCCGUCCCCCUUUUUCCUCCCGAUGCCAAAAGCGUUUUGCGUAGUGACUUCCGCCCCGCUCGGCUUCCCUUCCCCACUGGUCCGCAUCAGCCGGCGAGCAGCUGGCGUGACAGGAGGAUACGGUAUCACGGCGAGCCGCCGAGGGCUGACUUAAAAAGUUCAUUUAGAACGUGGCUCCGCGUCGAGAGCGCCUGACGCGGGUCGAAGAAGGAUUAGGAGACUCGGACGAAGACCGCUGCUCACGCGCUGGGAUUUGCUACUUUCUUGUGAAGAGGCGGAUCUAAUGAGACACGGCGACUUCAGCAUGUUGAAGCUGUCUGCGGACUGUACGUGGAAGUACACGGAGUGUUUUCCUCCAACUCGCAGGCCUGCGUGACGGUCCGGGACAUUUGAUAUUAUCCGCGGCUCCCGCACAUCACGUCCACGCAACCAUUUUUUGCGGGUGUUUUUGUUUUGGACAGGCGGGGAGGGGGGAUUCCUCCUCACGGGCUGCACGGGCUUUGCUCCCCAGGCGUCUGUCCCCACUACGCGGUCGUUUUCUUAUAUUUUAGUGGGUAGUUUACAUUUUUAAAUGUGUAACAUUAGCCAUGGGGGGCUGCGUGGCCGUGGCGCGCGCCGCUCACCCCUCUCCAACAGGCAGUAAAGCCAUUAGAGCCUAUUUGGGUUUUCUGGAAAGGGGUCUUCUUUCCACAUAGUUGGUCGUGUCGCUGAGCCACCAUGGUGUAUUAUUAUUCCGUGGGCAUUUUUCACGCUCCUGUGAGGUUCCGUGACAGCUUCUGUUUUAGCCGUUAGCCGGCGGGUUUGCAAACAGCAAACAAGUCUACUGCGGCUUUUCUUUUGCUGAACUUGGUGCAUUUUCCAGGUGUCUCCUUUACGCGUGACGUGUCCGUCACGGCUCCCGAAGAAGACUGAUCAUAUUGUAUUGAUCCUAAAUUAAUUUGGCUGCUGUUUUGGCCGAGUGUUGCCGUGUUUUCCAGGCUGACGCUGACAUAUUGCCUGUCGGGGUUGCCCUGUGCUUUUAAAUCUCCAUCUUCACCCCCGGUGCUACGGAGCAGCUCGUUUUUUUUUUUUUUAAAUUUAUUUAUUAUUAUUUCUUUUGAAUCCCCGACCUCAUUUCCACCAUGAGUAACAUCCACAAGGUGGUGAAUGUGUUGCUACGUGGACUCGUCAUCUAUGCGGUACUGGGCUUGGAGUGCACUUACCAGAAUGAUCUACCCAGCCACUCGUCUGAGGCUGCGAGCGUGGCCACCGCAGAUGCCUGCCUGAUAGUGAUGCCCCCGUGCGUGGGCGAAGGAGACCGCUUCAGCCUGGAGGCGCUGCGGCACAUCCACAAGCAGCUGGACGACGACAACGACGGGGGGAUCGAGGUGAACGAGAGCGUGGAGUUCAUAAUAGAAGACAUGAAGCAGCAGCAAACCAAUAAACACAGCAACCUGCACCGUGAGGAUCAGCACAUCACUGUGGAGGAACUGUGGAAGGCCUGGAAGAUCUCUGAAGUCCACAACUGGACAGUGGAGGACACGGUGCGGUGGCUCAAGGAGUCGGUGGAGCUGCCGCAGUACGAGAGGAACUUCCGGGACUUCGGGGUGACGGGGAACACCUUACCUCGAUUAGCGGCAAAUGAACCGUCCUUUAUGUCGAUGCAGCUGAAGAUAUUAGACCAGCGGCAUAAACAAAAGCUGAACCUCAAGGCGCUCGACGCCGUGCUGUUUGGCCCUCCGCUCCGUCCACAGCAUAACUGGAUGAAAGACUUCGUCCUGAUGGUCUCCAUAGUGAUUGGCGUGGGGGGCUGCUGGUUUGCUUAUGUGCAAAACAAGUCCAGCAAGGUGCACAUCUCUCAGAUGAUGAAGGAUCUGGAGAGCCUGCAACACGCUGAGCAAAGCCUCCUGGACCUGCAGAGUCGGCUGGAAAAAGCCCAGGAGGAGAACCGGACCGUGGCGGUGGAGAAACAAAACCUGGAGCAGAAGAUGCGGGACGAGAUCACCGGGGCUAAAAAGGAGGCUCACAGGCUGCGGGAGCUGCGAGAGGGCGCCGAGUGUGAGCUGAGCCGGCUGAAAUACGCCGAGGAGGAGCUCGUACAGGUGCGGAAGGCUCUGAAGCGGGCGGAGAAGGAGAUGGCGUCGGAGCGCUCGGUGCCCGACGCGCUCCAGAAGUGGCUCCAGCUCACGCACGAGGUGGAGGUCCAGUACUACAACAUCAAGAAGCAGAACGCCGAGUUCCAGCUGUGCGUCGCCAAAGACGAGGCAGAGAAAAUAAAGAAGAAGCGAGGUUCUGUGUUUGGGACUCUUCACGUCGCCCACAGUUCGUCCCUGGACGAGGUGGACCACAAGAUACUAGAGGCAAAGAAAGCCCUGUCCGAGGUGACGGCGUGCCUCAGGGAGCGGCUGCACCGCUGGCAGCAGAUCGAGAAGCUGUGCGGCUUCCCGGUGGUCAACAACUCGGGGCUGCCCAGCCUGACGGCCAGCCUCUACUCCGACCACAGCUGGGUGGUGAUGCCGCGCGUGUCGGUGCCCCCCUACCCCAUCGCGGGGGGCGUGGACGACCUGGACGAGGACACGCCUCCCAUCAUCUCACAGUUCUCCACGACCACCAUGAUCCGGCCCACGCUGACGCGCAACAGCAGCAUGUGCCGUUCCCGCCGCAGCCUCCUGAGCUCCCCGCAGUCCUCGCUGAUCUCCGCCGACCCGGACCUGCUGUCUAUGGCCAGCUCACCCCCCUCCUAUCGCCCCGAGGCAGAUGACGAACAUAUCAUGUUCAGCUCGGAUAGGAGGGGGUACGUAGCUGUGGCCGGAACGCCGCGGAAUGGUUUUACAGUUUGGACUCACAGAGAACCAGCUCAGGAGGGCAGCUCCGACACCGACUCCCUCAACUCCUCCCUGGGCCGCAAGCAGCUGCACAACCCCUGCACGCCGGGCUCGGAGACCCCGUACCGCCGGAUCUCCCGGGAGGAGCUGCUGCUGUUCAGCCAGGACCUCCCCGAGUCCAUCUCCACCACCUCCAUCGCUCACACCAGCAGCAGCAGCAGCAGCAGUCUCAGGGACUCCACGCCUCCUCCUCAGACCUCCACCCCGUCCGGACCCCCCUCCACGUCCCCCUCCCCGGCCUUGGAGCACCACCCAUUUGCACAGAGUGGCUCGCCGGACCUCACCUGCACCGUACCCGAGUCUCAGAGCGCAACGUUCUCGCGGGGGAACGCCGCCUCCCCCACGGGAAAGGGCGUGUACAACGGCAUCCUGGAGAAGUCCUACAGCUUCAGCCAGCUGCCUGCAGGCAUGCUGCCCAACGUGGGGCGCCACCCGUCCAUUACCUCCCUGGACUCAGAGGGCCGCAGUGUGGGAAGGGAUUACAAGCUCCAGAGCACCUCCUCCCAGGACUCCAGCGACAAUGGAGAGAAAAUCAAGCGCUCCUCCUCUAAAAUUAAAAACCUAUUUAAAAAGAAAAAAUAAAACCUUCAAGAUGAGAUAGUGAUACAAACAUAGAGUUGUUUUACCCCUAAUGCUAAAAAACUGACAUCUCUGCAAGCUGAACACUCCUGUUUUCAUUUUUGUCAUCUAACAUGGAAUGUAGCUGGUCUGGACGCAGUAAAUGCCCCAGGCUCAUAGCCUUAUAUCUCAAAAAUGCCUUUCGUUUUUUAGUUCACUCAUAGCAUCACAGGAAAAGCUGGAUAAGUCUGUGAAGGGUCAAAGGUCAUCCAGACAGCCAAGACGCACGACCUGCUCACUGUCUUUAGCCAAACGAAGUUCAAGAGCGUGAAGGUGCAUCAUACAUUUAUUUACAAGCACAUGAGGUUUAGUGUUUCACCGCGGUCGUCGUUCAGAACAACGUUCUACGGAAGUAUUUAGUACACAGCACUUGAAUAUCAUCCAGAACUUGUACUUUGUUUUAUUUCCUUUUGAGAAAAAAAAUCCUGCUAAAAGUUUGUUGCACUAAUGCUUUCCUGGUUUUCUGGGAAGGAGCCGCUGAUGAGAGGACGACGUGGGCAGCGGCAGUGAAGACGCAGCGCCAGCUUCCGGAGCCGGUACCUGCUAAUCUGACGUCUUCGGUGCCGCCGCUCCCGCAUCGUUAGUUCUUAGAGAUGUUUUUACAUAGAUUUUUAUUGGUGGGGGGGUCCAAAGAAAUGAUCCUAGCGAAGGAGGUUUCGUGAAUAUGCAGAAUUAACCCGCACCAGUCAUUUCCCCUGUAAUCUAGCUCUGCCGUAUUACUUGAUCAACUGCGUUCUGUAGCCAUGCCAACAUAAUAUGUCCAGUUUUCGUCUUAAAUCCUUCUGCCUCCCUUUGAAAAGCUGGUGUGAUUCUCAGAUAAUUCUUUGGUGGGAGUGGUGCCGUACCCACGUGGUAUUUAAGGAUACUUGAUGGAGAGCAGGAGGAGAGAAGAGUUUCUCUAAUUGACUGCUGACUCCACCGUCUCUACUGUACUGUGCUCGAACACUGAGGAUUAACUGUUUAAUCCAGAUCUGAGUGAUAACACAGAGACCUGCCCCCCCCCCCCCCCCCCCCCCCCCCCCCCAGCCCCACACACUAAGCUCGAAGCCGACCCAUGCAAUACAACCGUGCUCCCCACCUCUGGGCCUGCACCGAGCGCACUGAUGUCAAGAGCUCCUGCUUCACACUGUGAUUUCUGCCUUCUUCCCCCUCUUCAUCCCGGACCCGGCUGCGACUCGGCGCCGCGGGCCCGCCCGCGCGGCCACGUAGGCUGAGGCUCGAUGGCGCGACCCCCCUCGCGAGGUCUGUCUGGGCGACGGAACGGCGACGUGACACGAGGAUCCAGUGGCAUCUGUUUCUAAAGAAGAAAUAUAUAUUUGGAAAGUUGCGAACGAUACAGCACAUAAUGAAGGAAAUAUACCUGAGAGACAUGGAUUCAAUGAAUGUUUACAAGACUAUAGGGUUUUUUGAGAACAUUUUGUGUGUGAAUAUUUGUAUACUGUAGAGGAAUUAAUAAAAAAUGGAGGCAUCGGG